UCCCUCUUCAAUCUCCCCCCCUCACCUUCACAAAAAAAGAGCGAAACAAGAGAGAGAAAGACACGGCGCAAAACUCAUGUCUUGCCCAAGAAGAAGUAUUAGUGAAGAUGAGAUCAAUGAUCUUGUCACUAAACUACAAGCAUUACUACCAAAUUCUAGUUCAAGAAGCCGAACAAGGGUACCGGCAUCAAAGAUUCUGAAAGAAACAUGUAGUUACAUCCAGAGGCUGCACAGAGAGGUGGAUGAUCUGAGCAACAAACUCUCUCAAAUAUUGGCGAAUAUGGACACCACCGGUGUUGAUUCUGACAUUCUUAGAAGUCUCCUACAACAAUAGUCUUCUCUCUCUCUCUCUCUCUCUCUCUCUCUCUCUCUCUCAAUGUGCUGGUUAGAAGUCACCAAACCAAACAAAUAUAUGUCGUUUCUUCCUCUACUCCACUGCUAUGUCACCUUAUGUUUUCUCUGGUUUGGUUGGGACUUUCACCUAAAGAGUAAUGUUAUUAAUUAUUUAACAAUCAAUAUGAUAUAUUUAUUAUUAUUAUUAUUAUUA